CGGUGCUCUCCACUUUUUGUAGCCCUCCGUUGUUGUCCAGCGUCCUCUCCUCUCCUCUCCUCUCUUCCCUUCGGUGGCAAGUUCAAACAGCGCGCUCGGAUCCAAGUUCGCUGCUUUUGGCCGGGGAGGACGACGAAUCUCGCCGCCUCUCCGCUCCUGCCCCUGGACGGACCGGCGUCGACCCGGAGCAAAAGCUCUCGCCGAGGUCUUGGGGCCGAACCAGACUCGAUGGCGGUGCGGUCGAGUUUCGUUUUGCGGGAGGGCGAGUUGGCGGAGGAAGAGUUCGAGCCCUUGUUCGAUUACAGGCGCGUGCAGCCCAAGUUCGUUUGCCUCGAUGAUGAUGAUUCUGAUGAGGAGCCGGUUUUCGUCUCGAAGCGACAGAAGGAUGGGAAGGGAGAGAAUGAUGGCGUUCCUCGAGUGAUUGUCUGCGAUGGCAAGAAAGAAGAAAAGGAGGAGGAGGAAGAAGAAGAUGAUUGGAUGCCCCCGCCACCCAAAUUUGACGCCAAUGCGAAGAGGAAGCUUGCCGAAGAUCCUGCACUCAAGGAAUUGAGGUUGAUGAAGCAGGAGCUUCAAACCUUUGCACAAUCUACCAAAGAUUUGUUGCAAUCCGAGGAGGAUUCUGCUAAGAGAGAGGUCUCUAGUCCAUCUCAAUCUUUGAAGGAUGCUUCUGCUGAAUUACCCAAGCCUCAAUGUGAAAGAGCUAAGAUAGUGAUAUCGAUACAGGACAAGGAUGGGCCCAAGCAAUUUCGUGUUUUUCUGGAUGACAAGUUUGAGCGGCUGUUCAAGUUAUAUGCAGAUAGAGUCAAGCUUAACCUAAAAAAUUUAGUAUUUACAUUUGACGGGGAGAAGAUCAGUCCAUCAGCAACCCCUGAUAGUUUGGGAAUGGAGGAUGAGGACAUCAUUGAAGUGCAUGUUAAGUCAAGUUGAUUGAGGUGUUUUGCAGCGAUCGAGUGGUAUUUGUUUUGAGGCAGCAUCUCUCGAGGAUUCUGUGUAAACUAGAAUCUUGUACCGGCGCCUAGUUCUCAUUGCAUGCUCUUUUAAAUGCAGGUUCUUGCUUCAAAUCGGGGCUUAAUAAUUCAACGUCUUGUUGCCUUCUGUGGAGCUGCACAAACCGUCGUCAAUCUCUCUCGCCAGCUUCUCUGUCAAACUGAUAAGCCGAUAUACUUUGUGGCCUCACGAAUGUACAGUUUGUGCCGAUUUUGUUGACUGGGAACUUGUUUUGCUAGGAAAGCCCCGUGUGCGUGCUAGUUAA